AUUCAAUAUUUGUAUCAUUUUUAAAUUUGUUUUGUAGUUAUUUGUAUAUUUUAUUUUGUUAAAUAACUUUUAUACACAUACCACUACUCAAACUAGUGUUAUGUUUAAGUUUCGUAACAACUGGAAGGAAUAUUAAAUUUAUUGUUUUUUGUAAAAUUAAAUUUAAAAAAAUUUUUGUAUGUUUCUGUGUUUUUAAUUUGAUAAUUAGUAGAAUCAUUGAGAUAUGAAAACAGCGUCACUUAGGAGGAAUGCAAAGUUAAAUCCAGUCCUUCCUAGAAGGCUGGCUCUUUUAUUUGAGCCAGCUGUACAGUCUAGUAUAUUGCUUUACUUAUACGUAUUUUAUUUGUUGGUAAAGUUGUACCUAGUCAAGUUUGAUUUAUACUCACUGGCAAAAAACUGCUUCUUGGUAGCAUUGUUUGAAUUGAACAAUAAAUCGAAGAAACUCCUGUUUUCAUGUUUGUUCUUUCAAUUCUCAAUGUUAACAUCGAUGGUGGUACUUUUCAUAUAUCAUUUUGUUGCAUCCGGUUCAAGAUUGCCAGCACAUGUAUUAUCAAACACAAAUUUAAAGGGGAAAGUCGCAAUUGUUACAGGUGGAUACAGCGGAAUCGGUCUUGAAAUUGUAUAUCAAUUGCUUAAAUGGAAUUGCAAAGUAGUUAUAUUGGGAAGGGAUAAGACUAGAGCAACUAAUGCCAUUGAAAGAAUGAAGUCAACCAAAUCAUUUGAUGUAAAUAAUGUAAAUUUUGUUGAAAUGGAUUUGGAUAACUUAACCUCAGUAAAGAAUGCAGCUAACACUUUUUUGAAUAUGUUUGAUAGGCUUGAUUUUUUAAUUAAUAACGCGGGAGUUUACACUUCUGGACUUAAAACUACUAAAUUUAAACUCGAGUCGAAUUUUUCUACAAACUUUCUUGGGCUAUUUUAUUUGACAAAGCUGUUAUUGGAUGUUGUAAAAAAAUCGCAAGGAAGAAUACUAAACGUUUCCAGUGUGGCUCACUUCAAGUAUAAUCCAGAUACAGACCCGAUUUUUGAAACUAAAUCUACAACUUCUCUUAAAUGUAGUACAUUAAAUGGAUACUAUGGAAGAUCUAAACUGUAUGUUAUUUGGUUUACACACGCAUUACAGAGGAGGUUGAGAGCUGAAAAUAGUAAGGCUUUUACAGUCAGUUUGGCACCGGGAGUAGUACAAACAAAAAUGGUGUUACAAGUACAAAGAGCACACCGUUAUAUGGUACCAAUGUAUGUGAACCUGCUUACUCUGAGGAAACCUGUUGAUGGAGCAGCAACAUCAUUGCAUUUGUGUACAACUAACGCAAAGGAUCUUGUACCCGGAGCAUACUAUGAUAAUAGAAGGCUGGCUUUUGUAUCAAAAUAUGCUGAUGACUUUGAGCGUGAGGAAAAACUUUGGAAAUUAGCCGAAGAACUUGUAGAGAAACUUGAAUAAUAAUUUCAAUAAGAAAAUA